GUAAUAAUGGAAGGUAAUGUGGGACUACAUCUCACACAUGCCUUCGCUUGGUUUUAAUAUGGAUGUCGCUUGCUUCAUCAAUUCCCAUGUUUCUGCACGUGAUCACGCGACAGGCGGAGUACAGAAAACAGAAAUCCAACCAUUGAGGGGUAUAAGUACCGGUUCUCGUUUAUCAUUCCUUUUCUCUUCAGGCCGUUACGCGUAACUGAGGGACUAACUGUAUCUAAAUUUUAUCAAGCUAUGCGACCUAUGCCGCCUAGCACGAUCAUGGUACCACUCAAGGAACAGCUUGCAAACCUAAGCUUGGGUGAUACGAAGCACACAUCAGAAACCACCCUCGAAAACAUGGAUUUGAGUGGACAUGAGGGACAAGGAUGCCAGCAAUCUACCGAGCGUAUUCAAGCAUAUCUUGCUCAUUCGUGCUCGAGGAAAGGAAGGGAGCAUCAGACUGACCUUACUCCACUCUUCCGUCUCCCAGAUGAGAUCCUCGUAGAGAUAAUAAAGCACGGCGCUGAGACGAAAAUAGAUGGGAGUGACAACAGUUUGGCGAAGACAGUGUCACACGUGUCCAUGCGAUGGCGAACUAUAGCCAUAUCUAAUCCGUCACUAUGGACCCAUAUCUCUGUGUGCCCGGAGGAAACUCCGUCAUUCCUUCUAACGCGUAUUCAUCGUUCUUUGGAUCUACUUAUUGAUGUCGACAUAUAUCCUUGGCCAACAUCGUCCACCAGAGCUGCACCGCAGUCGUUACUUGUUCAAUUGAACAUCAUUCUCCGUCAUGCAAGUCGGUGGCGCUCACUCACUCUUCGGUCUGGACUGGUAGAACCGAUGUUCUCUUUUGUUUUGCUCUACUUUACGCGCUACGGAACAUAUCUACCAUCCCUCGAAUGUGUGAGGCUAUAUGGCUCUGAGAUGCAAGUCCACUUUUGGUCACGGGCCCUCUUUUUCGACGAGUCUUGCACUCCAAGGCUCUCUACCCUCGAGGUUUCCAACAUGAAGAUACUUGCUGCCAUAAAUUCCUACAACUCGACAAUCACCACUCUAAUCCUCACAAACGACAUACCAUCAGAGAUUGUGAUUACGCCUUUUAACCAUUUUAUGCGUGUUUUCGCCUCAUUUCCUUUUCUCACCUCGUUGGUAACCUACGGUCUCGUGGUCGACAUUCCUUCGCAUCAGUCGCUCACGGACAAUCACCAGUACCCCGCCCUCCGCACCCUAGGCAUCCAUCGCAUCGAUAGCGCGCAUUUCUCCUCAUUGAUCGUCACUCUUGCAUCAAUGUUUCCUGGCGUUACACACCUCAAUUUGACAGGGCCCUGGGCUGCCUCCUCGUUACUCGAGGCUUUACGACAAGUAUCCGCCGAUCAAAUGUGGCCAGGCCUCCAGAAACUCAUGCUGAAUACUUUUGUUGGCUACGAAUGGUCACAGAUUCAUCGUUACCUUGAUACUCAUAGCGGUGGCGACGGCGAAGAUAGGACACAAUAAGGAUGGUGAAUUCAUCCUAUUGGAAUUGCUGGUCGUGGAGGGCAGUACGCUAAAGUGAUGUAGUGCUGUAUCUUCGAAAAACGGAUAUUUAUAGCGCGCACUGAAUUACAUGAUCGAAAGAUGCACGGUGGGGAUUCUG